AUGACAGAUCAAGCAAACGAGCACAUCGCCUCCAAGUACAGAUACGAACUUUUGUUCGGCGCUUGGAUGCUCGUCACGGGCGCUACCUUUCUCAAGAUCUCAAAGCAGCCGUACAGCUCGCGACUCAAGACUGAACAGUACGAGAGCAUCUUCAAGGGCACUUCGCUCGGCGCAAUCCUGUUCGGUAUUGGCAUGACGCCGACGCGCUCAGGUAUCGGCGGUCUGCGCAAAGUCGUGAACACCAGCGCGAACGACACGCGACGCAGCGAAAUACUAAAUGUCUGGAAUCCGGUUUACGCAUUCGCGCCCUUGAUCCUCCUGUCGAUAUCCAUUCCACUCGCCAUCUUCGCGACCAUCACGACCACCAUCGCAUUCUUCCUGCUCUUCUGCCGCGUCUUCGUCGUAUACAUCGAACUCGUAGUCGCCAUCGUAGGCGCUUGGCUCAGUCCAGAACCUCCCAAGAAGCUGCCUCUGCCUGUACAGCAUUCACCAACCGCUUCAACGCCUGCACCACUAGCGGUGACCCGUCAUAGACAACUAUACAGCAGCCUUGGCAUCUCUAUCCCUUCUCAAAACAUAGUCGUGCCUGCCGUCAAACCUGGGCGUCUCGACAUUAGUAACGGCAUGCUCCAGACCACCAACACAAGCGACGUCCCCAGAGACUAUGAAGGCGUCGGAGGCUGGCGUACUCCAGGCAACGACGACGAGGAGGCGUUGUGGAUGGGCAUGAACUCGCGGCUGCAGCUCCCAGGAGAAUCUCCGGCUCGGCGACAUCAUCGCAGCCAGUCUGGCGAAACCAGCCCGAUGCAGUAUCGGGGGUGGAGCCCCGAAGCCUCACGAAUAAACCUCGCGCAUCACAGGGUCAAGACGCCCGUACGUUUCGCCCUCGGUGACGAAGGCGAAUACUUCCCUGCACAGCCGAUAACGAGCUCGCGGCGGGCAAGCGAUGCGACAGAGCCAUCCAAGAACCAUAGGAGGAGAAAGAGUGGAAGCAGCAGCUCGAGCUCGGGCUUGAUGAUGGCAGACAAGACCGCAGGAGAGUGA